AUGAUCAAAGUGUUAUUAGAACGCUGGAAUUCAAGUAAACAUUACUGGGAACUGGUGCCUUUGAAACGGUAAGUCUUUUUUAAAAUUUAAACUGACACCAUUUUAGAAAAAAUCUGUAACAAAGCCUUUGAAGAAAGUUAUCGUUAUAUAAGCUUUUAUUUAAAGAAAAAUUGAUAUCCAUUUUAAGACGAAAUUUUAACAAGAUAAAAGUGCAGUACUUUCUUGUUGUUAACAAUAAUGACUAUUUUCAGACAUAAAUUAAAUUUUUUUAAAAUAUAAUUUGUUCUUUAGAUUUUGUGGCCUUUUUGUGUGUUUCUGUGUUCGUCUAACCAUUAGCAAUUAUGUUACUCCUGAUGCUGGUCCCAGAAGGUUCGUUCGGAAGAACAUAUACAAUGACUUGGACUACUGUGAUGGAGAGUUGGUAAGGUUAAAAUUGGCUUUUUUCUUUAUUAAACUUACUUUUAUUUACGUUUUUGGUUUAAACUUGCACUGAUUGUCAGUUUUUUAUCCAACAGCACGUUCAGGGCGGACAUUUUUAUAAUAGUUGGGAGGGGUGAGCAGGGUUGAACAAAGGUAUGGACAGAACUGAAAUGAUCUGUAAUAGGCAGGACAAAGCAGGGCAAAAAGCAACGCACAGUAAAUUGACAAUGGCUUGCCUUGUGACCCAGCAUGAAGGUGGCAAAUUUAAAAUUUAUUUGUUUGUGGAUUUUUUAAAUAUAUUUGUCACAUUUAUAUAAUUGUAAUUUUGCAGAUGGCCUACUCACAUCAGUCCUAUUUCGACGGCAAAUAUAAAUUUCAAAGAGGGCGAAAGUUUCACUGUGAUUUAACGCACUAUAUUGACAUGUUCAAGUUGAGAGAUACCGACGCUGUUGUAGAACAAGAAGUACGUUUUUUUUCAUUUUUAAAAUUUUUGAAGAAAAUUUUAAUACUUUUCUUGUUUUUUAAAAAUAUUGACUUUGCUCCACUUUUUCAAUAAUUUAUGUGACACUUCGUACAUCCAAAAUGCCUUCGUAUGAAAAUUUUAAAAAUUUUAGCCAAAUUUUCCAAAUGACACAGCGAUUGUAAUUGCAGCAAAUAAUCUUUAUUGGGAAGCUUCUCGAGCCGCAAUCGCUGAAGUUAGACGACAUUUCGGAAAUGACACUAAAAUUAUAUUCUACGACCUUGGAAAUGUCACUCAGAGGCAUGUAAGUUGAAUUUUUGUUUGAUUUUUAAAUAUAUUUUUUAAUCUCGUGUAGGGUAAGUUAAGGUAAAUUAGAGGAGAGCAGUGUAAGACUAAGUUGGGUGAGGCAGGAAAAGAAAUAGUAACGUAAAGUAGGACAAGGUAAAGUAGAUAAGGACAAUCUAAGGUAUGUGAAGUAAGGUAAGGUAAAGGAAAGCAGCUCAGGGUAAAUUAGGGUAAGAUAAGGUGGAGCAGAGAAGGGUAGGACAAGGUGAUAUAGAGAAGGACAGCACGGGGUAAAAUAAGAUAGGUAAGGAGGACAAGCUAGGGCAAAGUAGGGUAGAGGGAAGCAGGUUAGGUUAAAAAUUUCAAAAUUUUUAUUUUCAGAAGGAAGAAAUGGACAGUAUUUGUACUUUUGAGUAUCGAAUAUUCAACAUGAGCCGGUUGCCAGAAAAUGUUCGGCAUUUGAAGACUUUUGCGUGGAAAGUCUUUAUUUUGGCCGUAAGUUUAAGUUUAAAAUUUUUUUAAAUAAAAUAAAUUUUUAAAAAAAUUUUUAAAUAUUUUUUAUACCCACCCUGCCUUAAACUUAAACUUCCAGGAAGUAUUCCGUGAAUACAACCACAUAAUGUACAUGGACUCAUCAAUCUAUGUCGAGACCAGCAACUUUAGCAUUUUUUUUUACAUGAUGUUCAACAAGACCUUGUCUCCAGUCCAAUUGAGUGGUUAUACAGGCCAUGGACUAAAGUUUGCGACCGCCCCAAACAUGUACAAGUACUUGCCAUUGGAUGUGAAUGUUGAUAAUAAGGCAUGGAUGAUGGAAGCCAACCUGAUUUUAUUGAGGCGGACAAAAGAAACGAGAACGCUGUUGAAGUGGGCAGUGUUAUGUGCUGUUGCUAAAGAUUGUAUCAAUCCGAGUGGUGGGUUGUUAUUGAUUUUUAAAAAUUUGCAUAAAGUGCCAGUUUUGAGUAGGUGAUUUUUGUCUGAGGAGAUGGGAGAGGGGUAAAAAAAUUUAUCGAUAUGGAUUUCGAAGUAAAAUAAAAUAAUUUUUGAUAAAAAAAAUAUAUUUCCUUUCUCGUCUAUCUCUUUAAUAGGUCUACAUUGUUUGUCUUACGUGAAUAUGUAUAUAGAAUUUUCUUGCGCUUUGUUAUACGAGAGUUUUACUGAAGACAUAGUAAUAGGUUGUUUACAUUUACCGCUUUUGAUAUGAUUAUUUUAGGAUAUUUUCUUGGCUGUCCAGUGCCAGAUGAAGGAGAGUUUAACGGACGAUGUCAUCGACAAGAUCAAAGCAUCUUCAAUGUGCUCGUCUACAAUAUGGAAUACGAUAUGAAGAGGCGAGGUAAGGGGAAUUUUUUUAAUUUUAAAAAUUCUUUAAGAAGAACAUGUUCUAUUAUAUAUAAACAACUUUGCUUAUACUUACUUGACCAGAUAGAGGUUUUAACACUGGUCUUGACUACGCUUUUGAUCAAACUGGAGUAAACUUGAGAGAAGCCAAGUUGAAAAAUUCGUCUUGAUCAGGCUUACAGGGUAAUACUUAUUCAUUUAAAAAUUUUUUAAAUUGACUGUACAGUAGUUACUUAUAUGACGUAUUUUUUAGGUCAUAAAGUCAUACCCCAUAUGAGAGAAGAUCAUCCAAAGAAUACAAAACAGCGACACGAAACCAGACGUCUUCAAGGCACAGACCAAAACAUUGCCCAAUGUAGUGCACCGAAGAUCUAA